AUGAGGCCUAGGCGGCGGAGACUGGUGUCGCCGUGCCUGUGCUUGGUUGCCGCGGGUUUGAGAGAUGUUAUGCAGAAAUCGAAGGAGAUGUUGGGGUCUUGCUCAGAGCUAGCUUUGCAAUCUCCUCUUCUUCCAUCUUUACGAUCUUCUCCGCUGCGUCAAUCGGCCGCUCGUCUUCUUCUUCCACCUUUUCUUCCAUCUUUCAUCUUCUCUUCUUUCAUCUCCAUUUUUCUUUCGAUUUUUAUUUAUGUAUGGAGAGAUGAACAUCUGAAUCAUCCUAAUUCUCAUAAUAAUGGCUUUGCGCCACAACGAAAGAAAAAGGGGUACAGCGAUCCCAUUCCUUCUUCUUUCUCUUUCCAUUUCCUUUUGGGGCCAACCAUUUCUGCAAUUAUUGGGUUGUUCAGCGGCGUAAACCUCAUUUUUCAGCCAGUUCCACCUUCCUCUGCUGUUUUUUGGUCGAUCACUCUCGUACCCUUCAAUUUUUUCCAUCUGGGUGGAUGGAAGUGGGAACCUCUUUUCAGCCAUUCAACGAAGCUUGAGCCAAUUGAAGAAGUCACCAUAAAGUGUGAUUUGUUGGACAUGCCUGCUGUAGGGCAACUGGAGAAGGAUGCCAAAUAUUCAUUGGUUUAUCAGCUUCUGAAGAUUUUUUUGACCCAGAGAUUGGAUGCUUACAUGGAAUUUCAAGCUGCAAAUUCUUCUUUAUUGAAAAGCUAUGGUCUCGUCCAUGAAGAUUGCAUUGCAAAGAUGAGGUUAUUAUCAUUGGUAGAUCUUGGCUCAAAUGAAUCUGCCCGUAUUCCAUAUGCUCUCAUCAAGGGUGUUACUUGUGUGUUACUUGUGCUUCAGAUCAAUGAUGAUGAGGUCGAACUGUGGGUCGUGAAGGCCAUUACGUCCAAAUUGAUUGACUGCAAAAUGGACCAGAUGAACGAAGUUGUGAUUGUGAGUAGUGUACAAUUCGGGGCGAUUUCGCAUGGCUGGAAGGGGUUCUUUAGCAGGGAGUCUUGGACAUCACCACCACAGAGGUCGCAGACUACUUAAUUGGAGGGUUCUCCUUUUUGCAAACUUGUUCGUGAAGUGCUUGUAGAGUUGGAGUUACCACAUUUAGUACGUUGGCUUUAAGGAAUUGUAUUAAGUUUUCUACGAGAUUCUGGAUUUUCAUUUCCACUCUGUUUGGGAUUUUUGGAUGCUGUCGAUUGGGUUUGCGGGAUUGUUAGCUACUGGCUUUGCAGAUUUGGAGGAAUAUAUAUUGGAUGGGAGAAGAAGCAUUUUCGAGACCUUUAAAAUGUCGUGAUCUUUGAAUUUAUAUAAUUCUGUUUGGUUGCAGUUAAUUUUACAAGCGUGUUUUCAUUGUUGGUGGAAUCAGACUUGAAUAAUAUGGGAUUUAUGUGCUUUAAGAUAUGAAUGGGAUUUAUUGUUGCUUUAAGAUA